GAGUUCUUCUGGUAGAAUAGGAAGAUGUGCACUUCCGGCUGCAGGACUAGCAGAUCUCAACCAGAUUGUGCGGGUUGUUCGCCCUCGUGCUGCAGUCCUGGUAUCAGCUACUGCAUUUUCGACCUGGAAAGUGCUGUCUUUGAUACUCGCCACGUCUACCGGAAGGCUCUCAAGGAACUGGCUCGUAGUUAUGGCAAGAGGAUCCCUGAUAUUUUACAUGUUCAGAGUGGGCCAAUGACGACAUCGGAGAUGUCCGAACUCUUUUGCCGCAAGCUUGAUAUUCCCAUGAGUUGGGAAUCGUUUCGGCAGGAGCUCAACGAGAGGACCUCCCAGUUGAUUGCAAAUCCCCCGUUUAUGGAUGGCAUUGAGCGGCUGGUGCCGCACCUGCGCAACUCCUGCAUGGAGUUGGGUCUGAUCACGUCCAGCAACGAGGCAAACUACUGCUCCAAGAUCCGCGGUAGGGAGGACUUCUUCGAGAACUUCUCCACCGUGGUCUGUGCGGAUGAUCCGCAGUUGAGGGCGCCCAAGCCCGAGCCCGACGUCUAUCUGAUUGCCCUGUCGCGGCUGGGCGAUGCUGGGCCGGAUUGCACCCUGGUCUUCGAUGGCACUCCCAAGGGAGUUCAGGCGGCGAGCGAUGCUCGACUACCCGUCAUCAUGUUGGCCGAAAAGGACCUGCCUUGCUGCUGGUCCGAGUUGGCCGCCCUGCGCUUCGAGUACCUGGAUGACUUCGAGCCGGAGAUGUACAACUUGCCACCGUUCACGGACCCUGCCCCCAAGAGGCGCUGGAGUCGUCGACGCACGAGGUUCAGCCAGAGAUUGACUGUGAUCCGGGCCAGAGCCGCCGAAGCAGCUGCCGCGGAGGAGGAGGCGGAGCCGGAACCUGAGGCGCCACCUCCACUGCCACCCGCCGUGCCGUCCAUUUUAAAUUUAAGAGAAUGAGUCGUAUUUUAUAAGUUAAUAAAAACGAAGAGGUUUUUGCACAUUCAA